AUGGUGUACACUUCGCUAACCGAUGCCCCUCACAACUUCAAGGAAGCAGCUGACUGGUUGUUGGCACUGAAGGGCGAUGACGUGAAAAACCUGAAGGCCAUAGGUGAGGCAGUUUACAAGUUUCUUGUGGAUAAGCCCGUUGGCAGGAUAAAUCUGCCAGCUCUCGAGAAAGUUAAACGUAUUUCUAAACAUUUCCUGGAGCAACGCGAGCUUAGGAACUAUUGGUUCGUUGAAGAGCUGUUGAAACGAUACAAUGACCUUAUUAGUAAAUCACCUGGAGCAUGGGCUAAGUACUUCAGAGUUGUGGACGAAUCCGAUUAUAAAAACGUUGUAAAGAGCAAGGGUAUCACCGCUGAAGACAUUGCAAAGAAUUUAGACAGGAUUGUUAAUGGUACUGAGAUAUUGCGGGAUAGUAUCAAAAUUCCUGACGAAUAUCAAUCUGCUUACAGUUCAGAAGCUACGUGGGAGUCGUCAUGCGCAAAAGACCCGGAAGCUUGUGCGACGGUAUUCGUGGGUAUUGCGCCAAUGUUAUACGCAGGUGUACGUUCUCUGCACACUGCGAGUAUAGCGGCCACCUUAAAUUUGGCCCCGUUAACGAGGCAUGAGUAUGGUUUGCGAAAGACGAUGAAAGCCUUGGGUUAUGUAGAGCCGGAAUGCCGCACUAACAUGAGUGGACUAGAUGUCGGCAGGGCGUUGAGAGGUCUGUAUCUAAGAAGGGUGUUAACGCUAUGCGACCUCGCUGGAUUCUGGGCUUUCUAUGGAUCGAAAAAUGCAGCUGUAAAAUCUGGCGAGCUUGACAAGGACGCACAGGAGUUUAUUGACUUCUACGUCAACAUGAAGCCCAUUAACCCUCCCAAGAAGUAUGUGUUGCGCAAACCGCCCAGCACAUACACUGCCACCGGAUCGAACAACAUGUAUUACCCCUGGCUGCCAACAGUGUUGGAUAUGGGUGAUACUGUCCCACUUUAA